GUGUGUGAGUCGAAUGGGCUGUUGGGAACUCAGCAAAACGGAUGAGGACGCUCAGCACGGGAGUGGUAGACGUAAUGCCGACGUAAAAAUAUUUAGUUGGAUACAAUUUUCUGAACACUAAAAAAUAAUAUAUGCGCUAAAUUUAACCACUUUGGCAAACGCCAGAGAAGUUAUACUUCUUUGUUCCUUUUUUUCCCCCUAAACAAACCACGACAUCGGGAAUUAAGGAAUAGUGAUGCCAGUUUGGCAUUUAGCUCAGUAAAUUUGUCUUAAAUAGUAGCAAAAACAUCCGAUCUACAUUCAUCGCUGUCCCCCGCAUCUAAAGAGCGGCUCUUAGCCUAUUGUUUUGUUGUGCCAUCGCUACUGCGCAUCGCAGUCUUGCAGAAUGUCUUUGCAGUUUUGAGAGCCCUUUAAAAACCUGAGACAUAUUUGACUAAACGAUUCCUUUUAGUGGAACGAGCGACACGUCUCCCCUCUCGCUUCCGGGCGAGUUGCUCCUCCGUGAAGUGACCGAUGCUUCGCGCUAGCAGAAUGGAUGAGUUUGUGACAGAGGAAGAUGAGCCAUGGUACGACCAAAGAGACCUGGAGCAGGAUCUGCAUUUGGCUGCAGAGCUGGGAAAGACCCUGCUGGAGCGAAAUAAAGAGCUGGAGGACUCGCUUCAACAGAUGUACAUCAACAGUGAGGAGCAGGUUCAGGAGAUUGAGUACUUGUCCAAGCAGUUGGAAAUGCUGCGUGAGAUGAACGAGCAGCAUGCUAAAGUGUACGAGCAGUUGGACAUGACUGCGCGUGAGCUGGAGAUCACCAACGAGAAGUUGGUGCUGGAGAGUAAGGCCUCACAGCAGAAAAUAGACAGGUUGACGUGCACCAUGGAGACGCUGCAGGGCCAGGUGGACUCGCUCACGGCUCGGGUGGAGGAGCUGCGCACCUUGGAAGAGCUUCGAGUUCGGAGGGAGAAGAGAGAGAGACGAAAGACCGUACACUCCUUCCCCUGCCUUAAAGAGCUGUGCACUGCCCCCAGUUACGAGGACGGGUUCAUGGUGUCAGACCAGAGCAGCGGCGAACUGCAGCGGCACCGGCCGGCAGACGAGGAGAACGAGCACCUGCGGGCGAUGGUGGCGUCAUUACGGGCGGCCGCGGCAGCGGAGCGUGGGCGGCGGGAGACCGCGGAGAGGGAGUGUGCCACCGUGCUGCAGGAGUUUGAGCGGCUGGAGCAGCGCCUGCUGGGCGCCGAAGGCUGCCAGCGACGUGUGCGCGAGCUGGAGGCCGAGUUGCAGGAGCUGCAACAACUACGCCGCUCCCGUGCCCGCCUGCUGUCCAGUGAGGAUGGCCUGGAGCAGACGUUGCUCAACAGUGCCCCCGAGACAGACACACCGGAGGACGCCGGCACAUCUCCGCAGGAUGCCACGGCCAGCGAGCCGCCCGUACGCAAGAGCUGCAGUGACACGGCCCUGGAUGUGAUCUCAGCGGUAGACGCCUCGGGCAGGCGCAAGGGUAGCUACGCGCUGCACGCCAAUGGCGUCCGUAGGCGCGGCAUGUCCAUCCUGCGUGAGGUGGACGAGCAGUACCAUGCGCUCCUGGAAAAGUACGAAGAGCUGCUGGGCAGAUGCCGGCGCCACGAGGAAGGCCUCCGUCAUGCCGAGGUGCAGACCUCAAGGCCUGUGUCCCGGGAUCCAUCCAUGAAGGAGUGCCGGGUGGCUGAGCCCCAGCGGCCGGCCACCCCGCCCCACACACCGUCCACGCCCGAAGCCAUGGAGGGAAUCAGCCGGCAGGUGGAGGCCGUGGACAAGCGGCUGGGCCAGAAUACGCCCGAGUACAAGGCCCUGUUCAAAGAGAUCUUUUCCCGCCUGCAGAAGACCAAGACCGACAUCAACUCCACCAAAGGGAGGAAAAGUGGGAAAUAACACGAGCUCCUAGACUCCUCUCUCUCGGUCUCCUCUACAUAGUCUCAAUUAUUAAAAGCCCAGAAAGAUGGCAUUUGAGAAGGUUACUUUAUACUCGUGCAUAGCUUAUAGGGUAGAAUGUUAGGAGUGCCAACCUCAGGAAGAACACAGAUGAGGUUUUAGAUCAAAAAAAAAAAAAAAAAAAAGUACUUAUUCACCAUUGGUUUUCUUGAAAUGUAACUCACUGGCAGGGGCCCUGUAUGGAAAACAGAGUACUUCACUACAAUGUUGGUACUUUUCCUCUAACCUGCAUUCAUGCAUCACCACUGUGUAUAACCACAACCUCUAUUCUGUAAUCACUUCUUUCUGAUAUUAAAAGACGCUUUGCUUAUAAA